AUGCCAAGAAUGACGGGCGCCCGAUUCCUCGUAGAAACCAUGCGGGCCUACGGAGUAACUCACGCAUUCUAUAUGCCAAUGAUCGUCACACGCGCGCUGGUGGAAAUGGAACAAGUGGGAAUAGCACGGAUAAUGACCCACAGCGAAAAGGCGGCGGCCUACAUGGCCGAUGGGUAUGCCCGUGCCGCCAGGCGGCCGGCAGUGUGUAUGGCCCAGAACGUUGGGGCCGCAAACCUCGCGGCUGGCUUGCAGGACCCUUUCUUGGGAGGCUCACCAGUGGUAGCACUGACAGGCAGGGGAGCGCCCCCUCAGCAAAAUCGCAAUUAUUAUCAGGAAGUGGACCACGUUCAGCCUUUCAAUGCGGUUACCAAGUUCAACGCCCUGGUGGACAGCCCGGAAGAGCAACCCAGGUUGUUGCGGCAGGCCUUCCGCGAAGCAACUUCUGGCGCUCCCGGCCCCACACACCUGGACCUUCAGGGGUCUACGGGUGCGUUGAUAAUGGACGUGGAAGCGGACGUGGAGGUUGUCGUUGAAGCCCCUUUCACCCAUGUACCGCCAUUCCGGGGCGAGCCGGAAACUGAAAUGGUACGGGAUGCUGCCAGGGCUCUUACCGAGGCCCGCCGGCCGAUUAUAGUGGCGGGCGGCGGUGUUACGUCUUCGGGCGCCCAAGCCGAGGUGGUGGAACUGGCCGAGAUGUUGUCGAUUCCCGUGGCCACUUCUCUGAACGCCAAGGGAACCAUUCCCGAUGACCACCCCCUUUCAGUGGGUGUCUGCGGCACCUACUCCCGCUGGUGCGCCAACCGGGCGGUUUCCGAAGCCGACCUGGUGUUCUUCAUCGGAAGCCACGCCGGGAGCCAGGUGACGACGGAAUGGCAGAUUCCCCGAUCCGGCACCCCGGUUAUUCAACUGGACAUAGACCCAGGGGAAUUGGGUCGCAGCUAUACCAUCCAGGUCGGGCUGCAGGGCGACGCCAAGGCAUCACUCCGCAAGUUGAUAGAGCACCUGGAACCGCUGGGAGGUCGCGCCGAAUGGGUCGGGCGCGCCCAGGAACUGGUCCAGGAGUGGCGGGCAGAAGUGGCGCCGUUGGCUAAUUCCGACUCCUCACCAAUGCGCCCCGAGCGGCUCUGCAAGGAAAUUACCGAAUUCCUACCGGAGGAUGCCGUGCUUCUCUCAGACACCGGCCAUUCCGGAAUCUGGACCGGUACAAUGAUUGACCUGUACAAACCGACUCAGACCUUUCUCCGUUGCGCCGGCUCCCUGGGCUGGGCUUUCCCCGCAGCAUUGGGGGCCAAGUGUGCAGUCCCCGACCGUCCAGUGGUCUGUUUCACCGGAGACGGAGGAUUCUGGUACCACCUCAGCGAGAUGGAAACCGCCGUCCGCUACGGCAUCAACACAGUAACCGUAAUCAACAAUAACCACUCCUUGAAUCAGGAAAAGCGGGGCAACGAGCGGGCCUACGAGAGUGUAGGCGUAACAGGCAACGUGGACGAACUCUGGGUAUUCCCGGACACCGACUUCGCAAAGCUUGCCGAGGACAUGGGUGGGUUCGGAAUCCGGGUGGAGCGUCCCGAAGACCUGCAAGAUGCAAUGAAAGAGGCGGCAGCAUCCAACAAGCCUUCCGUCGUAGACGUGGUGACCGAUAUUGAAGGCAUAGCGCCUCGCGCCUGGACAGGGUAG